AUGUCCCCCUGCUACUCUACGAUUUUCUCUGCAAACAUUCGUUCGUACCCCUUCAUACUCGCCAAUCACCAGACAAAUAUCUACUUGGCGAUUAACGCAGAGCAAGCAACCAAGCAGCAACAGACAAACAUGAUGGCUAUGGAUUCAGCCGACGACGUCAUAUCUAUCGAAUCAUCCGACAACGACUCGGACUGCCGAAUUGUGAAGGUUAUACCGUCACCUGCUAAGCGAGGCAAGAACAAGUCGAGAUGGCAGAACAAGCUUUCAAGCAAGACACGAGGAACUCCGGCGGAUUGGAGAGGCAGAGAUAUGACGACGCGCCAACUAAACGAAGCUGUUUAUGAGGAUCGUCCCAGCAUGUCAUCAGCAUCGAGAAGAUACACAAAGCAUCCGAGUGUGGGCUUGAUGACAACACCUUGUAGCCUCCAGGGUACGAACUCGAAGACGGAUUACAUGUAUUUGCCUGAUACGGGGCCAAACGACACAAGUACAUUUACCAGGGCAGGUAGCUGUGCGAUACAGCACGUUGAUCUAGAAGAUCAUGUCUCGAUUCAACGGUACAUUGCCGAUUCGAAAGCGGCGAGCACUCCAUUUCCGACCUCGUGGCAAAGUGUGAAAUGCAAACGAGAACCUCGACACCUAGGGGAUGAAGAUGAAGACGAAGAUCAGCGCCGGAGUGUUCGUUCUAGAUCUGGCUCCACGGCGACUCUCGAUUUUUCUCCCGAGAGGCAAAGCCAUAAGAGCUCAGGAGGAGAUGCGCGGGAGAUCAUUGGCAUGCUUGACGAGCCAUCUGAAUCGACAAAGCUGGUUGAUACAAAAGACAAUACAAUGUUGGAUGCGUCUACCGUGGGGGUGAUGCCACAUAAUGGCGAUUACCCUACGUCAACUCCAGAAGCCUCUCCAGAAAAGCCGGAUGCAGCUAUCUUGACAAUGCAUCCCCAAAACGGGCAAAAUAUUUCUGAAGGAGAUUCUUCCUUUGGGCCGAUAAAUGCUCCGCUGCAGCCUCACAAAGAAGCAUCUGCAUCUGGUGGCCAGCUACGUCGGGCAGGGAGACGGCUGGCAUGGGAAUCAGUCGUCAACAUUGCUGCAUUCAAAGCUCUACCAGGGCCAUUGUUCACCCGGCCGAAACCGAUACUUGGUACCGUUACAUACAAAUCCAUGAUGGAAGAGAGGGCGGCACAGAAGACGAAGGAGAGAAAGGGAAAACACAAUAAUGUAGCAUCUUGUUAA